ACUGAUUCGUCCAAUGGAUUGAAUGUCUCCGUCUCGGACGGUUAUCGGACCGUUCUUGAACGUUAAUGCUUCAAUUAUCACUUAUUAAUCAUACGGUUUGAGUUGUGGUGGAGCUCGCCCUCUUACGUCAAUCAUCCAGAGCUGUGUCUCCAUAUAACAGCUCCCCCACCAACCUAUUUUCGCCAGUUUCAGUGAACAUCAAAGCACUUCAUUUCUCACAAUCGACUUUGCUUGCGCAGCUCACUAGGCUUUCAUCAGACAAUAUGGCCCCCUCGACUCACAAGCAGUGGACUGUCCAGAACAAGGAAGAUGGUUUCAACGCCCUCAAAUUCGCCGAAGCGCCUGUCCCCAAGGUCGGCGAGAAUGAGGUCUUGGUGAAGUUUCACGCUGCCUCGCUCAACUACCGCGACCUGAUCAUUCCCCAGGGAUCCUACCCCUUCGCUCUCAGCUUCCCAGUUGUACCUGGCUCCGACGGUGCCGGUGAGGUGGUCGAGACGGGCUCCAAGGUCUCCCAGUUCAAGAAAGGAGACAAGGUGGUCACUCUCUUCAACCAGCUGCACCAGUACGAUCCCAUCGACUCCAAAGGCACCAGCUCCGGCCUUGGUGGAGUAAUCGAUGGCAGCCUCCGUGAAUAUGGAGUCUUCAACGAGAAUGGCCUCGUCCGAGCCCCCAGAAAUUUGAACUACAUCGAGUCCAGCACGCUCUCGUGCGCCGCGCUCACGAGCUGGAACGCUCUGUAUGGUCUUAGACCUCUGCUGCCCGGACAAACCGUGUUGGUACAGGGAACUGGCGGUGUCAGCAUGUUCGCAUUGCAGUUUGCCAAAGCCGCUGGUGCCACAGUUAUUGCCACCACCUCAUCGGACGAGAAGGCCAAGAAGUUGAAGCAGCUGGGCGCUGACCACAUCAUCAACUACAAGACCCAGUCCAACUGGGGUGAGGUUGCCCGCAGCCUUACUCCGGACAACGUUGGUGUCGAUCACAUUGUUGAGGUUGGCGGCAGCGGUACCCUGGAGCAGAGCUUCAAGUGCAUCAAGUUCGAGGGUGUGAUCAGCAUCAUUGGAUUUGUGGGAGGUGUCGACCCUAAGUCGCAGCCCCCGGUGCUUGCUACCUUGAGCAACAUCUGUACGGUGCGGGGUAUUUAUGUCGGCAGUAAAGCUAUGAUGAACGAUAUGGUCAAGGCGAUUGAGGCCAAUGACAUCCAUCCGGUGGUGGACGAGCAGGUCUUCACUCUCGAGAAGACCAAGGAGGCCUAUGAGUACAUGUGGGCCCAGAAGCACUUCGGCAAGUUGGCCAUUAAGAUCGAGUAAAUGAGAGAGAGCCAAGCCAAAGACCAUAAGUAAUGGAGAUACGAGUGUAUGAGUACAAACGUACAUAUACAAUGACAAUUAUUGUGUAAUAUAGCGAUGAAGUUGUUGGCAAUGAGAUGCAUUGAUACCUUAGGUAAGGAUAGAGUGGGAGGAGAAGCUCGAAGCUCAUUGGGAGGGGGAAGGAUUCCCCUCACCCGCGCGUGGCCAG